AUGUUUUCUAUUUCCACUGCUCCAGCGAAGCAGUCGGUCGGCGAGACCAUCACAGUCCUGAGCGGCCGUCUGAGCUCGGCGACCCUCCUCGAAGAUCGUCGUGCAGCAAUACUUGGUUUGCGCAGCUUUGCCAAAGACUUUCCUGCCUCCGUCGCCUCCGGGGCACUACGUAGCCUGAUAGGCAGCCUAAGCAAGGAUGCUGAAGAUGUCGACACCGUUAAGGUGGUCCUUGAGACCUUGCUAAUGCUCUUCAGUCCUAAUGAAGAUAGCCCAGAGGCUUCCGAAGAAAUCGCUUUGUGGCUGGCUGACGAAUUUACCCAGCGUCAGGAGAAUAUUACACUGCUGCUGGACUUCUUAGACUCGACGGAUUUCUAUUCCCGACUCUACUCCCUACAACUUCUCGCCGCAAUUCUUUCUGCUCGCACCGAACGAACUGAGGAGUGCGUCUUCACGGCUCCAUUGGGCAUAUCUCGUCUAGUAGCUGUUCUAGACGACAGCCGCGAAGCCAUCAGGAAUGAGGCUAUCACACUUCUUACUUAUCUAACCCCUUCUUCGGCUGAUAUCCAGAAGCUGGUCGCUUUCGAGAACGCCUUCGAUCGGCUUUUUAACAUCAUUAUCUCAGAGGGUUCCUUGUCCGAAGGCGACCGUGUUGUGGAAGACUGUCUUAUUUUAGUCGCAAACCUGCUCAGGAGAAAUCCGUCUAACCAGUCUCUGUUCCGCGAGUCGGGUGGAAUCCGUCGGUUGGCCGUGUUGCUAGAAGGUGCGGAGAAGGCCCAGCGGGAGGACGCAGAGAUUGCUGCUUGGGCGCAAACCCAACGCAACCGGAACAUUUAUGCCCUUCUAGCCGUCGUGCGCCUGUUUCUAGUGGCCGGGGCUGUAGGAACGUCGCAGAAUCAGCUUGCCUUUUGGCAGCACGGCUUGUUGUACAAUGCCCUCCAACUCGCCUUCAGCCUUGUAGCCCAGCUUCCAAUCAAAGCCGAGGCUCUUGUAACCUGCGCCGACAUUAUCAAAGGCAACCCUAACCUUCAGGAGGGCUUCGCCCAGCUCCAAGUCCCUUCGCCCCUCGAGUCUCACGCAGAACGCGGCCCUGGGCAACAGAAUGGAGUCGUCAAAAUAUAUGUGAUUGAUGGUCUGUUAGACCUUACGCUCAGUGUGCAGGAUUUGGAAGCGUUCGACUUGCGGUUGGCAGCAUCUGACUGUCUGAAGGCAUACUUCUACAAUCACGCAGACAUUCGACUUCAUUUUCUCAGAAGAGCCAUCGAAGGGCAUAAAACCGGUGGCGACGAAACGGCCAAUGUGCUUACAGUGCUUUUGAGGCCAUCACCAGACGCUGCCGUCACCAACCCUUACCGCAUUUGGUUUGCUGCCACUAUCAUGUUUCAUCUUAUCUUUGACAACCCGGAAGCUAAAAGCCUUGCCAUGACUGUCACAGAGGGUGAUGCAGAGAGCGGCGAGGAAGUUGUUACCAGCAUUCAGAUUAUCGCUGCCCACCUGAUAUCGGGACUGAACCGUGAAGAGGACAUUCGUGUGGUAGUCAGCUACAUGAUGCUGCUUCUUGGUUGGCUAUUCGAAGAUCUGGAUGCAGUCAAUGACUUCCUUGGCGAGGGAAGCAACACCCAAAGCCUCAUACAGGCAGUCAAUCAUCCUUAUCCCUCAGGGGAUAUCGUCCAAGGGCUCUGCGCCAUGCUCCUUGGCGUUCUUUACGAAUUUUCGACCAAGGACUCCCCAAUUUCGCGAACUGAUCUCCAUUCCAUUUUAUUGUCGCGAAUGGGACGUGAACGAUACAUGGACAAAUUGUCGAAACUGAGAAGCAACCCGCUGGUGAGAGAUUUUGAAGUUAUUCCUCAGAAGUUGAGUAGCUCGUUGUCUGGCAAAUUGCCCGACGUAUACUUUGAUGCCACGUUUGUCGACUUUUUUAAGGAUAAUUACAGCCGUGUUCUCCGUAGCAUAGACCGCGAUCCAGGGCUAGAGAUUUCUGUUGUUUCUAACGGAGUCCAGAAGGGUGUCUCAAGAGAACUAGUUGAUUCGCUUCGCAGUCAGUUAGCGGAGAAAGAACGGGCGUUACAGGAAGCACAAAUCAGUAUGGAAACCAUCGGGCGGCAGAUCAGCCAAGAACAAGCAGAUCACAGACGAAGUCGGGAGAUGUCUGCUUUGGAAUUGGCGAGGAUCAAACAGGUAAAUGAAGGGCUCCAGAGGCAGCAUGACGCAGAGUUACGGAACAUGCAACAUAAAAUCAUGUCACUACAAGAGGAACAUCAAAAAGAAAUGGAACAGACUCGACGAAAAACGGAAAGCCAAGUUGCUGCUCUCGAGGAAAAGCACAGGAAAGAAUUCGCAGAAUUCCAAAGACAGACGAGUAGUCAGAUGGCAGCCCUUGAGCAAAAGCAUGCCACCAUUCAGCAGGAGCAUACGUUACAAAUGGGCCAGAUCCAGCAAAGGGCCGAGGCCCAAGCUGCGAGCCAGGCCGAAGAGCACCGCAAGCAGCUAGACCAAGCCCGGAAGGCUGCAGAGUCAGAUGCUGAUCGCAUUCGUCACCGGGCGGAAGCUGAUAUGGCUGACCUAAAAGCCACCAUUAGUCGGCUUGAGGUUGAUCUAAUGAAGGUGAGUUGGGUCAGAUGA